AAAUAAGAAAUGAAAAAUUUAUUCGUGUAUAUGGUAGUCUGCGUUUGUAGGUUUACUGUGAUCUGAAAGGAACAAUAUAUUUGUAGACUGGUGUGUAUAAUCAACAACGACUUCAAGACAUAUUUUCCAUCUCUCUAUCUCCCAGGUGCAUUAAUUCUCGUUCACGGAGCAAAGAACAAGUCUGGAUGUUUUCACAAAUUUGUCUUGCUUCAUGGACGUCUUUGUAUGAUAAUUUUACGCUUUUUGUGUUAACAGCGGAAUUUUCCCAUUUCCUUUUCUGCCGUUGUCCUCGGAACCAACCUCUAGAACGGACGGACGGAUGGACAAACAGAAAGAAAGGAAGGAAGGAAGAAAGGAAAAAAAAUCUUUGCUGGUUUUUUUCCAGGUCAUAAACUACGAAGCUCUGCAGUCAUUAUGCAAGGACAGCAGAGCUAGACUGAUCAUCAUCUCGGACAGUAUACAAGUACUUCACCAACGCUGAAGACCAGUACUUGAGUACAAUGAGGUCUCUGCUUCAGAAAGGUUUAUUCACGUACCUGUGUCUGGACAGACUUCGUGUCACAAAAACAAUGUUGUUUUAUAUGUACCUGUCAUCUGUUCUUGCCUUGGAGAACGUGGCGCUGUUGAAGCCGGCCAUGCAGAGCUCGGUCUACGCCGGCAGCACGGCGGACAAGGCAGUGGACGGCAACACGGACGGCAACCGUUACAAUGGUUACUGCUCAGGGACCAACCAAAUGGAGAACUCCUGGUGGAAGGUCGACCUGAUGGGCUUGUACACCAUCAGCCAUGUGGAACUCUUCAACAGGGUUGACGGAUGGACUUACAGACUUCAGAACUUCGAAAUAAGAGUAUCUUCGCGAGACCCUCUAACUUUCCCCUCGAAGGAUGGGAAGCAGUGUGUGUAUUACACUUCUAUAGUCCCCAUCAAUGGCUACACACUGAACUGCACUCAGCCAAUCACAGGCCGCUACGUCAGCAUCUUCAAGGCCGCCGAUGAACAUCUGACCAUCUGCGAGAUUCGCGUGUUUGGAGAAAGAGCUUUCACAGGUUCGUUUAGGAAGGCACAAAACAAUUUCCGGUUUAGCAGUCCAGUUGUUACGUCACUUCCGGUCUUGAGCUCUGUGCACUGUACAGCACUGUGUCUUCGGAGCGACAACUGCUCCGCUUUUAGCUUCGAGCAGGUCUUGGUCUCUGGAAAGUCCUCUUGUGAUCUCGCUGGUUACACCCAAUUUGUAGACCAACCACCGAUGGUCUCGCUUUCCGGAUGGAGUGUUUACAUCAUUGUCUAAAUGAACAGUCGCUACUUGUCUGUCAGCCAGCCAGACAGCCAGACAUCCAGCCUCUUUCUAUUUUUAAAUCUAUAAUUAUGUUCUGCGAGUCUGUCCUUGUACAGUGAACCAAACUUUACAAUAAGCAAAAUUGCAUUAGCGUGUCCAUCAUACAUGAGUGUGCCACUUUGAUAUUGUGCAUUAAUUCUCUCUCACACGAAUACAGUUUUUGACACAUUUUCUGUACCUAUCGCCUAUCUGUUUUUCAGAGCCUCUCACAUUAAAGAAUGAAAUUUUCAAUUGGCCUUCGUCUUACUCUCUAUUUAAAAUGUGUGCUUUGAAUGUCUUACCUUCAAAAGAAACACAGAAGAUAAAAAUACACUAGACUCGGUACAGGUCUGAACAUUUUACCCAACUUCAGAUCAGAAAGUGAGUGUAUAAUAAGAAACUUACUAAACUCGUUAAUUUACUCUUUUUCGGUUGUAAAUAUUCACCUAUCUCAGUUGGUUAAGCAUUACAAGACAAGAUG